AUGGAGAAUGCUGAAGAAAUAUUCAACUUUUUGGAAGAUUUCUCCAAACGCAAACCUAAAACCAUUCCACAAGAGCUCAACGAAUACUUAGCAUACGUAGCCCGUACCGGUGAUCCUGUUUAUCAGUGGUCUCUAGUAAGGCCUUUAUUCAAAGAAAAGCUUCUUUCUGUAAUUACAGACUUCUAUGAAACAUCUCCAGGUAUCGAAAUUCCACCUUAUCCAAACGUGGACCCAUUCAAUUACGAUAGUAUGAAGAAUGCUCUGUUGGAACGUCUCGAUGCAUUUGCCUCUGCUCCUUUUACUGUUCAAAGAAUUUGUGAAUUACUUACAUAUCCACGUAAACAGUAUAAUCGUGUUGAUAAAUUUAUGAGAGCCGUUGAGAAGAACAUUUUAGUUGUCAGCACCAGGGAGCCUGGUAUUCUGCGUCACUCGGAACCAGAGAAUGGUGAACCUAUAGAACCCAUUGUGAACGGAUCCGAUAAUAAUUCGGAAUACAAUGUUGAUGUUGAAAUGGAAGAUAUGUCAUGGAAGGAUAAUGCUGAGCAAGCGCAGACAUCUGAACCACAACCAGGAUCAUCUGAUUCUCAUAUUACCGUCGAUGAUAUAGAAGCACGAUUAAAAGCGAAACGAGAUACAGCAAUGGAUACUCAAGAUAAAAUUAAUGCUCAAUAUGAAUCAGUUACACCGCCAGAACCAAACAUAGGUACUGACGAACAACCAACAGAUAAUAAAACAAGUGCUGAUAUUAAUCCCCAGGCACAGGUUUCAACAGAGAAAGAAAAGACUGUGGAAGCAAAAAGUUCUAAAGAGACGGCAACAGAAAUUAAAACUGACAUAGAAAUGAAGGCAGAAACAAACACUCCUGCAAUAAUCAUUCCAGAAAUAAAAGUUGAUGAUGCUGAAAUGACUGAACAAAGACUCAGUGAGCAAGCAAGUACUGAUAAAGUUCAAGAAACAAAUGAAACUCGUGAAAAGGAAUCAGUUAACCCAGAAGAUAAGACAGUUAUAGAAACUCAAUCUGUUGCUAUUGACGAAAGUAGCUCAGAUUCUACAAUAAAGGAAGAGAUUGAGGUUAAACAUAUUUCAGAAGUGUCUACAUCAAGUGAAGAAAGUUCCUCAUCUAGUGACAAUACAGAUGGAAAUAGUAAUUCUCCUAAAACAGAUGAAAGGCACAUUGAAAUCCAAGAGGAGUCUAAUCAAUCAGAUACACCUUCUGAUAGUACUUUUGAAGAAAAUAAUGUCAAAGAACCAGAACCAGCUUUGGAACUAGCUCUUAAAAAAACAUCUGAAGAUCCCCCUAAAGUCAUAAUAGAAUCUGAUAACUACUCAAUAUCUGAUGUAAAGUCAGAACUACCUCAACCUGCAGAUGAGCCUAAGACUCUGGAAAAAGAGAAAGAUGAGGAAAUCCAAAAACCAGAAAAACAGGAAGAGAGUAAAUCUGAAAAUGUUAAUUCUGAAGUAGAACCUAGCAAAACUGAGACCUAA